AUGAAGUCAGAUGAGGAAGAGGAUGACGUGGAAGACAUUGAGGUUCUGGCAGUAGAGAAAAGGCACUCUUCCUCCAAGAAGACAGUUAUGACUAUUAUUCUAAAGCAUUGCACCCCGAUUCACCAGCAUUAUUACUACACCGCCCCUUCCCCAUACAUUGAAAGUGAAGAUGUCCUGCCACAGGAAAAGCUAAAAAAUGAGGUGCCCGAGUCAGAGGAUAGCAAACGUCUACGCCUCAAUUGUCUGGAACGUCAGCGGAAUAAGGAUCUGCGGUCUAGUUUCCUCACAUUAAGGGACCAUGUACCUGAACUGGUUAAAAAUGAGAAAGCCGCAAAAAUACUCAUCUUGAAUAAAGCCACUGAUUAUAUCCAUUCCCUUCAGGCAGAGGAACACAAGUUAUUGCUAGAAAAGGAAAAAUUGCAAGCCAGACAACAGCAGUUGCUAAUGGAAAUAGAACACAUGGAGACUUGCUAA